CUCUUUUUCACCACGAAAAUGAUUUCAGUUACGUUUAGUUCUAUUUUUGUACAGGAGUAGCAAUAUUGGAAAUAUUUAUUCAUACAGCAACAUUGCCACUAAAUUGUCAAAAAGAUAAAUAAUUUUACCUUUUGUAAAUGCUGUAAAAACUAUAAUUUCCAAUUUUCAGGUCUUUUCCGUAACAUUAAAAGAUGUUGAAAUUAAGCGGGCAAGUGAUUUGGAGGUUAGGAUCAAGGGCAGCCGUAAGGAAAUAUUCCGGUCCUGGUGCCACAGUAUUCAAGACUGAGAAACUAGACCUAUCGACAAAUACGUCUGAUAAGAGAGUCGAACAACUGACCGGUGAAGACAAGGAUAACUCAGGAUUAGUGGCUGCAGCAUUUGCUUCUCUUCAAGAUAUAGACACACCAAUAGUAAAGAAGCCAAGUCCUAAAUCAGCGAAGACAAGUCGCUUAGCACAUUUAGACGGACUGAUAUCACAGGCUACAGACUUGAAUGGAUUGCUAGUUGUGGCUGAGAAUCCUGUUGUAUCACGGAGACAUGCUCUGAAGAUGGUAUCAAUCCUCUCAGAAUGGACAACUAGCAACAAAGUCAAGCUGACAGACUUUGAGAAGGAUCCUCGGUUUUUAAAGCUAUGCAGGAUUCUGGCCAGGUCAACUACAUCACAGGCAAUUGGGUCCCUGACCAUGGCAGAAGACUUGAGUACUGUGCUGGGUAUAACAGGAGACGAUGAAGCUGCCAGAUUAAUAACAAACUUGACACUACCACAGAUGAUUAAAGUAAUGAAAGCCUUACAAAGCAAAGGCCGGCGCAGCACCCCGUUGCUCCGCGCGCUCUCACACAACAUCACCAACCAGGCCGAGAUCAUUGACCUCAAGAAAUCAGCUGAUCUACUCUACGCUAUGGCCGCACUCAACUUCCCUGAUCCAGUACUGUUAGAUAGAAUAUGCAAUGACGUCAUAGAAUGCCUUCCCUCAAACGAAGACAAAUCCGCAGUGGUGAACUCGAUAACCACAUCACUUGGUCUCCUGAAGUACCGACACGAGCCCGUGCUCUCGGCCAUCACAGACUGGUUGCACCAGCACAUAGCGCAGUGUCGGGCCACCGACAUCGCGUCGGCAGUCGUCACGCUGGCUACCGUGGACUACCUUCCACCUUCAGAUUCGGCACAGGGUUUGAUCAAAACUGCCCUAACCCUGAAAGAGGAGGAGAUGUCCAAGUCUUCGUCCUGGUUGGACCUGGUCUUCUCUCUGCUGAUCCUGAACAAAGCCAAGAAGACACAGCUAGAGUCCACACUACAGCCUGAGUUCAUUGACAAAUUGCUGUCUGCUGGUGGGUCUCCUCGACUUCCCGAAGACAUAUCGGUCGGCGUACCCGUAGUCUACACAAAAGAAAAAGCUUUCUACGUCCAGAGUAUCAUGGACACAUUCAAGAGUUUCGUAUCCGCCGAGGCGUUUUUGAAAAAGGAUUGUAAUUCUGGCAUGGGAUUUUUAUAUGACGCGGAGUUCGCAGUGGAUGCAAAAUGCCAUCCUGUACCCUUAGAUAAAGCCGAAAACAAUAAAAGUGUGUUCCGGAUAGCUGUGCUCGGUCUGGACUAUCAUGAUAUGUCUAGGAAGUCUGCCGUGCCCCUUGGCAUCAACCAGCUCCAUACUAGGUUACUUGAAUUAAAGGGCUUCAAAGUACUCCAGAUUCCGUACACGGAGUUCAGUCCAAAAGACAAGUUGGUGACGAGAGUGCAGUACAUAGAAAAGAGAUUAAAGGAGAUUGUCAACAAAUCAGGUCAGACGUAGGCAUCCUAGCUUAGGUACUAGGCAACCAAGGUCGCCCGGGCGAUAUGUAAUAUACUGAUAAUGUGAAUGUAUGAUUGUUUACAAACAUCUUAAGUAUAUAAUAUUGUUUUGAUAUAAAACUGAGCUGCUUUGUUGAAGCAGAAUUGUUAUUGUUUUGUUAAAUAUGUCUGCUUGAAGUCGGUCGGUCUGUCUGUCUGUUCUUAGUUUUCUAAAAUAUGUAAUUUCGGAUUAGAAUU